GGCUUCUGAGACUUUUGUUUUCAUUCAAUAUAAAGCUAGUUAUUUGCCGGCAUUCACUUAGAGAACUUCACACGACAAACAAAAAAUAAUUUUUAAUCACAAUGAAAAUACAACAAGUGUUUAUAAUCUUUGUGGCUAUUAUAAGUGUGUCAGUUGGAUCAAGAAUUUUGUUUUUAUUUCCAACACCAUCAAAGUCACAUAUGAUUAUAGCUCAUUCGCUCUCUCGUGUAUUAGCUGAGAAAGGACAUAAUGUGACUGUUGUGUCGCCAUUUCCACUAAGCAAGUCUAUCAAGAAUCACAGAGAAAUUGUUAUUCCAUUUAAUACAAAAGCUAAGGAAGUGAUGGUUAAAAUUAUGGAAACAACACCAAAAAGUUUUAGUAAAAUGAUUUCAUUAAUGAUGGAAGUAAACUUUAUAGAAGGAGAGGAACUAAUGGUGUCAGAAAAAUUCAAAGAAAUUUUACAAGAAAAGUUUGACUUGAUUGUGAUGGGAAUGAACUUUCAAAACUUCCUUCUUGGCUACGGUGAAGCUUUUGACUGUCCAAUAAUCAUUUUGAGUGUUCAACGUCAUUUCUCGGGUACAAAUUUUCUCAUUGGAAAUCCAAUAGCUGCAAAUGUGGCGCCACAUUUUAUAGUCGCCAAAUAUGACAUGAAUUUUGUCGAUAGAGUUAAAAACUUUUUUGCUUAUGGAAUGGAUUUGUUGUUCUUUACAUACGCUAAUUAUAGACAAAAAGCUAUUUAUAACAAAUAUUUUUCAUCUACAAACCAGCGUUCGUACGAAGAUGCAAUAAAAAAUAUUUCGUUGAUUCUAAUAAAUGAUCAUUUUACCGAGGGUGUUGUAAGGCCAAAUGUUCCUGGAAUUAUUGAAGUUAGAGGGAUCCAGGUGAAGCCUACACCUGACAAAUUGCCUGAUAACAUUCAAAAAUUUCUAGAUGAAGCUACAGAUGGAGCAAUUUUCUUCAGUCUUGGCUCAAACUUUAAAUCUGAACAAGUCUCGGACGAAAAAAUCAAAACAAUCCUAUCAGUAUUUUCGAAGAUACCUCAACGAGUCAUUAUGAAAUGGGAUUUUGACACAAUUGAGGAAAAAAGUGAUAAUAUCAUGCUCGGAAAGUGGCUACCACAGGAUGACAUAUUAGCACAUCCAAAUGUAAAAAUAUUUAUAUCACAUUGUGGACUUGGGAGUGUUGUUGAGUCAAGAUAUCAUGGUGUUCCAAUUCUUGGACUUCCUCUAUUUGGUGAUCAAAUGAUGAACGCAAAAUUAGCUGUUGAGGAAGGCUGGGCAGUUGUAAUGGAGUUAAAAAUCUUGGAAGAAAAGGAUUUUCAUAAAAACAUUCAAGAGUUACUUCAUAAUGAAAAAUAUUCAUCCGAAGCUAAAAGAUUCUCACGUUUAUAUCGUGACAGACCAUUAAGUCCAAGAGAUACUGCAGUCUACUGGACAGAAUAUGUGAUAAAUCAUAGAGGCGCCAAGCAUAUGCAGUAUCGAGCAGUUCAUCAAAAUUUUUGGCAACAAAAUUCACUUGAUGUUAUUGGGUUUUUACUAUUUUCUUUGUGGAUUGUUUUGAAGAUAUUUAAGCUUAUCUUCAGAGUUGUAAAAAGGAACUGUUUUGUUAAAGAUUAUAGCGACAAAAAGAAACAAUAAAGACAUUGAGAUGAUGA